GAGGAGCUUUCCCCUCUAGCCCAGCAGUUUCCUCCCCCACCAGUCCCACUCUGCUCUCUCAUUCUCUCACUCUCUCACAGUCACACGUACGGGGAGACAGAGAAGCUCAGGCCGCAGCCCUGGUUACUACACAGUUACACUGUUGCUGCCGCACCCUACACACAGACAGGAAAGAGAGAGAAAGAGAGUGAAAGAGUGGGAUAGCGCUCACCAACUGGAAAGGAGGGGCAGGGGAGAGUCGUUUUCUGUACUUUUCCCAGCAACACAUGGAUGGAACUCUCACAGGCUGAUCUUAUGAUGUGGAUCACUCUUUGACCAGACUGUGUGGACACUGGUAGCAAAACAGUGAUGACUCGAGACAUAAUUGUCUCAACAAUACAGUCACAGUAGAGAGCGGAGGAGAUUAAAUUGAACUUGAACAUUUCUCUAAGAAGCCCAUGUCUCCAGUUGGGUCAAUGUGAUGGAACUCAGGAACUCCCAAAUAAUUUUGAAUAAUUUUGAAAGUAGAAACCUCUCAAAGGCAACUACCUAAGAGGUGGCGAGGGCAGGAAAGAUCGCAGAAUGUUUAUGAAUUUCAGAAGGAUCAGAAGAUGUCAAUGUGUGCAGCUGGUGACGACGUGUAUUGUCCUGUCCGUGUUGAUGGUGUGCUGGGAGCAGGUGGACCACCAUGUGGUGAGCCGCUACUUGGUCAACAGCUACGACUUCAUCAACAAGAGCUUUGGCAUCAGCCAGCAGGAGUCGGAGAGCCUGAACAACUUCCUGUACCUCAUCAACCACCAUGACAAGUGUGACUGCAAUGAAGUGCUGCUGCUGCUGUUUGUCAAAUCUUCCCCAGAGAACCUGGAGAGGAGGCAGGCCAUCCGGGCCACCUGGGGGAAUGAGACCUACAUCCAGAGGGAGCUGGGGGCCACUGUGAGGGUGGUGUUUGCCCUAGGAGUCCACCCCAACCCCCAGCAGAGGGGCAGUGUGCAGAGAGGGCUGCUGGGGGAGGACCUGGUCUACGGGGACCUGGUCCAGCAGGACUUUGUGGACACCUUUCACAACCUCACCAUCAAACUGCUGCUGCAGUUCCGCUGGAGCCACACUUACUGCAGCAAAGCACGCUUCCUCAUGUCAGCCGACGACGACGUCUUUGUCCACAUGCCCAACCUGGUGCACUACUUGCAGGGCCUGAUCCGGCAGGGGGCCCGGGACCUCUGGGUGGGCCACGUGCACAGGGGAGCCCCCCCUAUCCGCCAGAAGGACAGCAAGUACCACGUGCCUUAUGAGAUGUACCAGUGGCCCUCCUACCCAGACUACACAGCGGGGGCAGGGUACGUUGUCUCAGGAGACGUGGCUGCCAAAAUCUACCAGGCCACUCUGUUCCUCAACGCCUCGCUGUACAUUGACGAUGUGUUCAUGGGCAUCUGUGCCAACGCCAUGGGGGUGUCUCCCCAGGAACAUGUUUACUUUUCAGGGGAAGGGAAGGCCCCCUAUCACCCCUGCAUCUAUGAUAAGAUGAUCACCUCUCACGGACAUGUGGCAGACGUCCGGUACCUGUGGAAGGCAGCUACGGACCCACAGAUUCAUGACAUUUCCUCUGGCCAGGUGGGAAAGCUGUACUGCACAGCAGUAAAAGUUAUGCUCCUCUGUAAACCUUACUAUUUAAAUACCUACCCAUGCAAGGCGGCCUUUUCAUAGUGUACUGUUAGGCUGCACAUAAUGUCACUGCAGUCUUUUUCAUUUAUAUUUCAGUGUCUGCAGCUGGUAUCAAUUUUUAAAAAAAGACCAAAGCCAUGUUCUUGAGCAUAUAUUCACCACACCUGCCUUGGCUUGAUGGAUACUGCAGUUGUACUUUGUGGUUUAGCUAAUUGUGUGAUGGUAAACAGACUGUUACAGAGCUACUCUUCUUGGCUGCAGUCAGGAAGUCAAAAGGAAAAAUCAUUCAAAUGAAUUACCUCACAGUUUCAAGAGGAAAUUCUGCUAGCAGACAAUGUUUUUAUUCAGUUUACUAUUGCUCGGGGUGGCAGGAAGCUUAGUGGUUAAGAGCAUUGUGACAGUAACCAAAAGGUCGCUAAUCCCCGAGCCGAC